AUGCAUACAUUGAACAGAUAUCUACCGCUUGUGAACAAAAUUUUCGAUGAUGAGCUGGUGGCUGUAGCUAACGCUGCUGUAAUUCCUGACGUUCACCUUGUGUCCGAAGAGGCACCAGCCCAUUACAAAUUUGGCUAUUCAGUUAACAACCCCUUGACUGGCGAUAGCAAGCACCAGGAGGAAACCCGUGAAAGUGAUGUUGUCCAAGGUAGCUACUUGGUAGAAGCUGACGGUACCAAACGUGUUGUUGAAUACACUGCCGAUGCCGUGAACGGAUUCAACGCUGUUGUACACAAAGAACCCGCUGUAGUUGCUCCUGCUGCUCACCAUGUGGUUGCCACUCCUGCUGUGCACCACGUUGCUACAGCUCCAGUGGCCCACCACGUUGUAGCUACCCCAGUUGCUCACCAUGUUGCUACCGCACCCCUUGUUUCCACCAGAGUAGCCACUCUUCCAUCAGUUGCCAGCUACUCCGGAUUGUACUCUCCAUACCACUCUUACAACCACCCUGUAUAUUCCCCCUACCACCACGUCAACAACUACGUGUUCUAA